UUUUUUAUACUAGUCUACCACCGAAAUACCCAGCAUGGCAAAUUCAUUGACAUUGCCACACCAUUUGUUGCGUUGGCCGCUAUCUGCUGUAGGACUUAGGCGAAUGUUUGUCAACACCAAAUCAACACCAAAGGACCUGUGCAACUUCACGACUGACCUCGUCAUUUGCAAUGGAAUGACAGUUGUUCCUAACAGCAGUCUUUAUUGUAUUGCCCCACCCACUUCCAUCUCACCCUGUCAAAUGCUUCCCACGACAUAGGCCACAUGCGCAAUGCCUCUGAAGCUAUCCAGGUUCUUCAACCCCAACCUCGACAAACGCCCCAGCAAAUCAAAUGCGGGUGAUGAGUGCAGGCUCGAGACGAGCUCCCUAACUAGCUCUCAUAACUCCCAUCAGUCUGCCCCCGGGUUUAUUCCUACAAUGUUUUCCAGGCGACUGCUUAUGACCAAGCGCACUGACGAUACUCGGUUAUCACGAUCGAAAUCGGCAUUAGGAACAAAGGUCCAAAAAUCGCCCAAGAAGAGGAGUAGAGUCGGCUUGAAGGAGAAGUAUAAGUGGAAUAAAGAAUAUGACAUGAUGGAGGAUGAGAUGCAUGAGGAGUUGACAAAACAGGUAUCUCCUCCUGCGAAUGAUACCCUGUCCGUACAAUCCCAAAAACCAAAUGGAUCUAGUUCAAACAACAGUCAUCCCUUGUACCACCCCGUCACAGGUCCACCUGUUGGCUGUCCGGGAUAUGCCUGGGAUCCUUCUCAACAGACAUGGAUAUAUAUCAUGCCUUACGGUCAACCAUAUAGUGGACCAGGGUGGGCUCCUCCUAAAAAAGCAUUUCAAACUCUGUAUCCUCAAGCACAAGGCCCUGACGAUUACACAGGACAAGGCUGGUACAUGCCACAUAAAAUCCAGGGACCGCCUAUCGUAAAGCCGCUGCCUAUUAAAAAGGAAAUUUCAUAUUACUAUCCCACAGCUAUUCAAAUGGGACACCGUCACUCAUACAACCAGCUGACUGUCGAUGCCCGCCCUGCGCAGAUGGCCUCUUCGUUAACAUAUAGAGUCUCUACAUCAAACAUCACAUAUAACCAGUCCUCUUACUAUGGCCAGAACUGGGAACCUCCCCAAGCGCCUUCAGGUGCAAACAAACCUCAUUUCACGAGACGACCACCGAAAACCCACGCCAAGCACGCCUCUGGAUUCUCUGUCUCGCAAUACAACCCAUCAACAUUUCGACGGCAUCAAACGGACCAAGUGUACCAGGAGCGGCUACAUUCCUCUUCGUUCACAAACGCAGAACACUCUCAACAGCCAUCGGCGCACGUCUUCCGAAAGAAACCUAAGUCAUUUUAUGAAGGCCCCUCUCUUAGUGAUAUUCCGGAUCAUGAUAUUAGCCCCCUGUUGAUAGGCGUAAAUCAGAUUCAGGACGGUCAAUGUUCCCGGGAAUCACUAAAUGAACUCCGUGUCCAGGAGUUUCCUCCAAAUGAUGAGAAAGUCUACAACCAUCCUCCAGUUACAGAUGACAAGGAAGUUAAAAUCGAAAAGACAUUCAUUGAACAAUCGGCCGAAGAGGCAAAUAGGGCACAAUUAACUCCAAACGAUAAGGACAUGGCGGACCAUGAAGCCGUUAUCGAACCUGGGGACAUAGAGGCAAAACAGGAUUUGCCCUCUGAUAAACCACAAGUAACUCUUCUCGGGGUGACAACGUCGCCUUCUAUCACUCAAGGGACUUUCUCAACUUCUGCCAGUGAAGCACCCGACACCGCCUCAAAUGUCGAUCAACUGGAUGUCACGAUCAUCACCCCCAUAAGCCCGCUUAGUCAGGCUGCGGAAUCGCAGGCACCUUUUUCCAAUGAGGAUGAACAGCGGCUUGAGACCAAGGAUGACGAAGAAGAGGAAUGGCAAUAUCAGCGUCAUCAGCGGAAGAAAAUGAAGAACAACUUCAAAACAGAACCACUUACGAAGCCCCAGGACAGUAAGUCAGUAUUAAAGGAUAUCGACGACGAAGUAUCGGAGCCUGGAAAGAGCACUCAAGGCCACGAUGCGCGCGUUUCCAUUGAGCUAGAAAAUAGACAGCUCGACAAUAUCUCUUCCUGCCCAGAGGACGCGAUUGAGGAUGCUGAAGAAGGAGGCCUCACAGCCCACCAGGAUCUAACGACUCUGAAAAAGUCCAAAGGUCAAAAGAAACGUGCAAGGGCGAAGGCAAAGAAACUUGAAGCCGACGGGGCAGACAACGGCGAGGGGAAUUCCCCAAGACGACAGAAGAGCUCGGAUGCCAGUAAAUUUACACGCAUAGCCGAAGGGCAGCGAUUCAGCAACAAUCCCUGGUUUAAAGAAGUUCAUCGGGGGACGGGCGCCAGAUAUAUCGCCAAACGGGAUAUUCCACGUGGCCAAACAAUCAUGAAAGAGCUCGCCUUGAUCAAUUUACCUUACUAUCAACCCAGAGAUUCAAAGCAAAUGGAUUAUCUGUUUGAAGAAACCGAACCCAGGACGAGAACUAAAAUGAAUAAUCUUCGCAAUCAUUUUCCGUCAAUUGACAGUCGCCUUAGUCGCAUAAAGGGGAAUAGCAUUACGGUGAACAUGGAGGACGGGGGUUAUAGACUGGUUGUCUUUGAGAAUAUCCUCCGAAUUUCAAAGGCUUGUAGACCGAAUGUCAGGUUUAUUUAUCUCGAUCCUCAUAAUCCCGAAGUGACUAUCGCCUAUCUCGUUGCGAUCGAUGACAUUCCUGCAGGCCACGAACUAUUCAUUCGCUACGGUCCAACCUUUUUCGGGGACAGAAAUCAGCGACAACGGCUACUUCUUCAGGAAACUGGCAGCAAAUGUCAGUGUAAGGAUUGCUCUAGUCAAUCACCGGCCAUGGUGGAGCGAAGCGCCUCGAAUUUCCGUAACUACUCUUGGACGAUGGGUCGCAUCCUCAGGGACGGCGGUGGCGACUACCCUUCUAUUACUUUAUCAAGAUUGGAAGAAAGUUUGGCCAUCAUUGCAGAGGAAAGAGUGUGGGAGCAUUUGUUUGAGCGGUUCAGAAAUGCUUGGGAGCUGUGUGGUCUUUGGGGCGACGCCGAGAGCACAAGGGCGUGGAUGAGAUUGGGGAGAUAUGCAGCAGUUUAUUCGUUGGGGGAUGAGGUUGGACCAAUGGAGUACGAAGAAUGUGCCAAAGAUCCUGUCACGUAUCCCUGGUUUGGCUCUAGAGGAAGAGCGAAACUUCACGGGCCUAGCAAAGAUCUUUUACUACGUACCUUGGGUCCGAUUGCACAUGCACAGAUCAACCCUCUUACAGGUAAGGAAGUGACUUUGGAUGAGCUUGUUGCCGAGAUCGAAGGUUGGUGAGCACUAAGAAGGGCCGUAAAGGAAAGAAAACUAGGUGGAAGAGGUGAUACUUCUGAGCUAUGGCUGGGGCCAAGGACUUCCAGCUAUCGAGCUGCAGGUAACUCUUGUAGGUGUUC